UACUGAAAACAGCAAGAGUUUCACAUCCUCUACCUGUAGGUGAGUAUCUGCGCAUGCUUCAGCUCUUGUUGUGUUGGGUGUGUGUAACACCAUAAAUACCCCAGUCAGGUGCAAAGAGCCUUUUAUGCAAGUAUCCUUGUGUGGGGGGGGACUAAAAGAUGAAGGUCUUACUGUACGUGUGUUUUAUCUUGUUUGUUACUGAUGAAGCAACCGGACAGACAACAAACCCUGCCUGUGAUAAAGUUAAUGACUUUGACCAAUGUUUGGAUAAUGGGGGGCUCUGUGAUGAGAAAAUGAGCAGAUGUACCUGUUUCGAAGGACAACCAUUCUGUCGGUGCAACAGUCAAAAGGGUGAGUUUUACACUGAUGAAAACUGCACUCAAAGAUGGACAGUAGUGACCUUUGCCCUGGUGGCAUCUCUGCCUGGUCUUACACUCGCUGUGCUGGUGGGGGUGAUCGUUUACGUGAUAAUGUUACCAUCAGACAAGAGCCACACAGGUGAAGGAAAGACGACACCCAAGACAUCCUCUAAAGAGCAGGGCAUGGUCCCUGGAAUUGCUUUUUCUUCUGAUAUUAAUGGUCGUCCUCCCCCAAACAUGAGACCUGUGCAAGAAAAUCAUGUUCUGAAAGCCAUGCCCAACCGCCUGUAUAGUUCAUCCAGCGGUGUGCAUCCAUCUGUUAACAGCAUGACUGAUGGACGGCACCGUGAGCCGAACAGUGUGUACACUGGCAUGCGUGACCCUCCUAUGGGAGGUCCUGUGCAGCCUUACAGCAAUGGCGCAGUUCGGGGUCAGAUUGUUAGCAACCCUUAUGCUAGAGAUUCACCCAGCCGAAACCCCUAUAAAGAACACAGCCCUUCUGCAGACCACCACAGUGAUUACAGACCACAUGCCCCUUCACACACAUAUGAAGACCUGAAACCGAACCAGCCCUAUUCUCCUGCUCCACUCUUUGCUUCCUCUGAGCAUGGAAACCUCCACAAUGGAUUUCCACGACCCCAGUUAAAUCUACAAUACUAGAACCCUUUUCUUUUCAUUAUUAGAACGGAUCCAUUUUGUAAUUAUUUGAUGAGUUAAAAAUAUAUUUUGUUGCUUAUUUAAUUAUUGCCUCAUGAUUAAAAAAAACUAACGUAGUGUUGCUAAUUUGUGCUUACUUUAGUAUAAUACUGGUUUUUAUGUUUAUAUGUCCUGUAAUAUAAGUUUGAAAUAUACAUUUGGGCACAAAGUCAAAAAGUACUUUGGAAAAAGAAACCCUAGAUUUUCAUAUAAACUGAAAAUAUUUUUUGGAACUAAAAGAAGAAACAAAAGUUCUACAAUAAACACUUGACCAUGAUCUUAAAUAGGAAAGACAGGAUGAGGAAUUUACAGAUGUGCAAUUCACAAACAAGUGGCCUUUCACCAACAAAACAUGUUUAUUAUUUCCUUCUUUUAAAAAAAGGUCAUACUUUUGGUUGUCAUUUUGGAUCAUCAGAUUUUACACUUUUGAAGUCAAAAACAAGAGAACAUGCCAAAUAAUCAUAAAUUCAUGGUAAUUUUUUUAUUUAUUUAAAGUCUCUCCAUUAGUUAUGCU